AAACUGAAAUUGUGCUUAAAACCCUAACUAGCAGGUUUCUGUAGGUGUAGGCCAUGAAAUCGAAAGAACCCGGAUUUAUCAGCAACAAAUCGCAAGUCUCAAGGAAGUACAGUUGCAGUUGCAAGAUAAAACUGGUCUUACAGGCAAGUUUCUCAAUCCCAGACAUGUCUGAAUCUUGUAAAUUCUCUUUGUUAUGUUAAAAGAAAAUCAGCUAAAACAGUAAAACCUUGACAAAACCCCCAGGAAGGAAAAAAAAUGACAUCCCCUUUAGUCAGAACUCUUAUCUCACUUUCUCUCAAUAAAUCAUCCCGUUUUCAGAAACGCUUUUCCUGUUACUCCAUCUCUGUUGUUUUCUUUUCAUCUUCUACUACCCAGGAAUCAAAACCUUCCCUUUAUUUAGCUGAUCACUUUGUUAAGGAACACAACUUUUCCCCUGAACUUGCCUUGAAAGCUGCAUCUUCCUUAAACUAUCUGAGGGCACCUGGUAAGUGUGAUGAAUUAAUUUCAUUUCUUAAACAAAGCGGUUUCUCGAAAUCCCAUAUUGAACAAGCGGUCAAAAGAAAGCCUAACCUUCUAUGUUCUAAUCUUGAGAAAACCAUUAAACCCAAAUUCAAGAUUUUCAGAGACUUGGGAUUUUCAUCCGAGGAUAUUGCUGAUAUUGUAUCCGGUGAUCCCUGGAUUUUGAAUAGAAGAGUGGAUACAAUUGCACCUACUUUUUUAGAGUUAAAGAGUGUUAUAGGAUCGAAUGCCGGUGUUAUUAAGUUAUUAAAAACUUCAUCUUGGUUUUUGAAAUAUGAUUUGCAAAAGACUAUGAUGCCUAACUUAGAGUUCAUGAGAAGUUUUGGGAUUAGAUCGUCACAAAUUGUUAGAUAUGUCUUUGUCCAUCCUAGAUUUUUCUUGCAUAAACCUGAGAGCAUUAAGCAGCUUGUUAAACGGGCGGAUGACAUGGGAUUCAAUAGGAAGUCAAGUUUGUUUCUUGCAGCUAUUAGGACGUUGGGUUCAAUGAGUGAAGAGAAGUGGGAACUCAAGUUGAAGAUUUUUAGGAGCUUGGGGUUUUCUGAAGAUGAUAUCAUGUCUACUUUUAGGAGGAAACCCGAGGUGUUUACUGUGUCAGAAAGGAAGAUUAAAGAGGUCACAGCGUUUUUGCUUAGCAGAAAGAACACAGAUAUUUCUUUUAUAGUAAACUACCCGAUGGUGCUCACUUGUAGUCUUGAGCAUAGGCUGAAGCCUUGGCUACGGGUUAUUGAGAUUCUGGAAAGUAAGAAUUUGCUAAGCAGGAAAGUUAGUUUGAGUACACUUUUUAGGAUGUCCGAAAAGCAAUUCCGAGAUAAAUAUGUUCGUCCUUAUUCAAAAGAGCUUGAGAAAGCGUCCACGGCUAUUGCAGCUGAUAAUUGUUGAUUUUCAUAUGAUUAAUUGAGGCUUG